AAGAAAGUUUCCGCGAAACAUUCUGGCUCCGAAAGUGUGACCUCGGCCGUGCCAUCGCACAAGUAGGCGAGUCCCCGAAUAAAGAGGGACAUGCAGACGGACGGCGACGACGCGGCCGACGCCGACCCGUCGCCGGACGAAGCGCUCGGCUCCGCUGGUAAUUUGUUGACAGAGUUUACGAGUCACGUGUGGCUCGGACAGUGGCAGUGCGCCCGGGCAUGUGCCCUGACCGUCUUGCGAGCCCCCUUCUCCACCUCGGAGGAUAGGUUGUUCGUCCGAGACUACGUCCGAAGCGUCGCUGCUCGACCCGGCCAAUUCAGUACGUCUGCCAACCCGCUGUUGCUGUCGCCGAAUCAUCUCAGCUGGCUCGCAUGUUCCUUCCUGGAGGACAACUACCCCGAGGAGGCGAUUGCAGAACUGAAACACGACGCAGAGUUCCGAGUGCUCCUCUCCACUUUUGCUGCGGAUCUUCCCGACGCGUGCCGCGAGGUUUAG